UACCUCAUAUAAAUAAACACUACUAAAAUAAAAUCUGAUUGGCUGAGAAGGUCACAUGACCGUCGUGUUUUCCCUGCAGCAAAACGUCGUGUUCCACCUCUUCGGAUAUCUCUUGUUUCACUUUCGUUUCCGGUUAAAUGAACAAAACCGAAAAGUUCCGAAUGACGCAGACGAUAACAAACAUGGCAAGGUUUCACCAGCCUGGCAGUGAGGAUUACGCAUUAUUAUUGAAUGAAAAGGACGCUAUCAACACAAAAAAAGCUACAAAAGUGGCAGUAAAAUGUUUCCGUGACUUUUUGGCAGAAUGCUCUGAUCUGACAGCGGAUUUUGAGGUUUUAUCCGUAGAGGACCUAAAUAAAGCACUGAAGUCCUUUUAUGUGGGAGCUAGAAAAACGACAGGAGAGCAUUUUAAGAAAAGUGCUUUACAAAACAUCCGUUAUGGGAUAAAACGUUUUUUGAAAGAGAAAAGAAACAUCGACAUUGUGAAUGACUCAGAAUUCAAUGAAAGUAACGAAAUAUUUAAAGCAGUUUCUACAGAUUUGAAAAGAAAAGGGCUUUGGGGGAAUUGAUCACCACCCUCCAAUAUCCGAGAAAGAUCUCCAGAAAUUGUACAGCGUCGACACCCCAGUAUUUGACACCAACACUCCAUAUGGAUUACAGAGAAAGGUUUGGUUCGAAUUAACUCUGUACCUAUGCAGAAGAGGCAGAGAAAAUUUGAGGUCCAUGACGAAAGACACAUUCAAGAUAGCCAGAGAUGACGUUGGUAGACAGUAUGUGUAUCAGUCCAUUGACGAGUUGGAUAAGAAUCACAGAGCAGAUGCAGCAGGGAGUGUAACAGAUGGGCGAAUGUACGAGUUACCAGGAAACAAGAACUGCCCUGUGUUUUCAUUUCAAAAGUAUUUAUCCAAGUUAAAUCCCAAUAAGAGUGAUCUAUGGCAGAGACCCCGAGAUUCAUUUGACCCUGAUGCGGAUGUAUGGUAUGUAAACGCAUCUGUAGGGAAAAAUUCCUUGGCCAGUUUUAUGUCUGACAUCUCAAAUGUGGGAAAACUUUCCAAAAUUUAUAGGAACCAUUCUGUCCGUGCGACAAGUAUCACAGUAUUAGAUGUGGCUGGUAUCAGUGGGCGACAUAUAAUGAAAGUUUCCGGCCAUAAGUCUGAGACCUCACUCAAAUCAUACUCCCACUUUAUAAGUGACGGAAAGAAGAGGGAAAUAUCAGAAACCCUUAGUGCAGCCCUCGGACACCAACAUACAACACAGGAAAACGUAAUCCCAGAAACAGUCACGGAAAAUCUUAGUGAUCUAGCCAGUGUUUUUGCAGAGGACUUUGAACUUAAUCCUCUCGAUAAUGUUCAGUCGAAUGUCGAGCUUUCAAAUGUUCUCCUUGAAAUUGAUCAAAGGAAGCUUGUGUCCCAAAAUCAGCUGGAUGUGUCUAGUAGAGGACCUGGAUGGUUUAGGCCAAAUUUCUCGGGAAAUUGCCGAGUCCAAAUAAACAUAAAUUAUCACAAGUAAUGAACUUUUUGAUGAGACUGAUUUAACAUGUUGAAUUUCAUUGCUUUAUCUAUUGUUACAAGACUGAAUAUAGUUUUUUUUCCAGUCUAAAAACAUUUAUAAUACUUGUUUUGUGUUAAAAAUGUUAUAAUUACAUAUUUCUUACGUUAUAUUAAACAAAGAAGUUAGAUAUUAUAUUUAAAUUAUGAUAUUUCUGGAAUUAAUUUGCUAAAUUUUGUCUGUUAUUACAUUUGUUAAUUUUUCUUAUCUGUGAUACAAAGCAGUUAAUUUUUUUUGUUGUUGUGAAAUUGUGAUAUUUUUCAGUUAGCCAAACUUUUGUCUGUUAUUAAAAUUGUUAAGUUUUUCUUGUCUGUGAUACAAAGCAGAAUGGAUUUUUUUCAGAGAGAGUAGGAAAUGGUACAUGUUUCAUGCUGUUUCUCAGUUCUUACUUGAACAGUUGUUAAAAUU